AUGAAGAGACCGAGGCUGCGGAGCUUUCCUUCCCCGUCGGAGGAAUUGGGCUGCUACAAGGCGCAGGACCUCAUCGGGAACCUUCCCGACGAGUGCAUCAGCCACGUCUUCAGCUUCCUCCCUUCCCACAGUGACCGCUGCUCCUGCGCCGCUGUCUCCAGGCGGUGGCUCCUCCUCCAGGCGCUCCAAGCCACCCCCGCUGCCGCCGGCGACGACGGGGCGGCGACGAGGCGCUUCCAUUCCCACAAGGCCAACGACGCCCGCCUCGCCGCCAUGGCCGUCGGGUCCUGCUGGCGCAGAGCUCCCACGGAGAUCUUCAUCCGAGCGUCUUCCAUGGAGGCCCCCGGGGUCUCCUCCUUGAUGGCCGUCACCGACCUUGGGCUCGCCAUUAUAUCCCACGCCUGCCCAUCUCUCAGGUCCCUCUCUCUCUGGAACUGCGUCCUCAUCGGCGACGAGGGGCUCGCCGCCGUCGCCGGCGGCUGCCCGGAGCUGGAGAAGCUCGACGUUUCCAACGCGCCGAAGCUCGGCGACGGUGGUCUCAUCGCCGUCGCCGCCGGCUGUCGCCGGCUAUCGAUGCUGCGAUUGGAGAUGUGCCCAGGGGUCGGCGACGGAGCUCUCAGAGCCUUCGCCGAGUUCUCCCUGAACCUCGAGUCCAUCGCCAUUGGAAGCUGCCCUCUGGUCGGCGACGCCGGCUUCGUCUCCGUCUUCUCCUCCUCUCUACCGAAGCUCAGCAAGGUCAGGAUCGUCGACGCGGCCGUGGGCGACGGCGCACUGGCGGCGAUCGGAGACCGAGGAGAGAGAACUGCGCUAGGGUUUCUCUCUCUCUCCCUUGACAACGUGUGGGGCUUCACCCACCUGGGUUUCCGCCGGCUCGCCAUGGCGGCGACCCUGCGGUCGCUCGAGCUGAGGUCUUGCCGGGGCUUAACCGACGCCUGCUUCUUCGCCACCGGCGGCGAAAGCGCCGCCGCUGCUCGCCGGGAGGCGGCGUUCGUGGGGCUAAGGAACCUGACCUUGAGGAGGAGCUCGCUGACGGACGGAGGCCUGGUGCGGCUCAGCGAGACCGCCGAGAAGCUGGAGAGCCUGGAGCUGGAGAAGUGCCACGAGGUGACCACAGAGGGUCUAAUGGCGGCGGUUAGAAGCUGGUCCCGCUCUCUGAGGGCGCUGUCCCUCGUGAAGUGUAAUGGCGUCGGCGGAGCUCCCCUGGGAGGAAGAGGGAUGGUCCCCGGCCGGUGCCCUCUCCUGCGGUCCCUAACCAUUAAUGGAUGCCCGAGGGUUGGCGACGAGUUCCUAUCUUCUCUGGGGAGGGAGCUGGUGAGGCCCAAGCGCAUGGCUCUGGUGGGGCUCUGCUCCGUCACCGACGGGGGCUUCGUCUCCCUCAUGGCCGCCAUGCAGAGACGCGACGGCCUGCGCAGCGUCGACCUCAGCGGCUGCCGGAGGAUCACCGACUGGAGUGUGGCGGCGCUGGUCAGCGGCGCAAGCGAGGCGCUGAAGCGGCUCGCUCUGGAGGGCUGCGACGGCGUGACUGACAGAAGCCUGCGGCUGAUCGGGUUGCUUUGCCCGGCUCUGGUGGAGCUCGACCUCUCCCGAUGCAAACGCAUCGGCGACGGCGGCGUGGCGGGGCUGCUGGCGUCCUCCUCCACCGCUGCGGCGGGGCCGUCGUGCCGGAGCGGCAGCCGGCUGGAGGUGCUCUCGCUGGAGGGCUGUAGCGGGAUAACCGACGAGAGCUUGGGCAGCCUGGAGGAAAUGGCCCUCCGCGGCAACCUCGCCGGGCUCAACCUCAAGCAUUGCGGCGGCCUCAGCGCCGCCGCCGUCGACUCCGUCCGCCGGACCCUCUGGUGGUGCGACCUCAUCUCCUAG